CAUGAGUCGCCACAGCACCAGCAGUGGGACCGAAGCCACAGCAAAGAGCAUGCUCUGGGGCGGUGAGCUCAGUCAGGAAAAGCAGACUUGCACUUUUCGAGUCCAAGGCGAGCAGAAGGAUGGCUGUAAACUGUUGCUCAGCACGAUCUGCUUGGGGGAGAAAGCCAAAGAGGAGGUGAAUCGUGUGGAAAUAAUUUCCUCAGCAAACCAGGAGGAGAGAAAACCACCAGUCACCAUUGCCACUCUGAAGGCCUCCGUACUGCCCAUGGUUACAAUAUCAGGAUUGGAGCUUUCUCCUCCAGUGACUUUUCGGCUCCGGGCUGGCUCAGGCCCUGUGUUCCUCAGUGGCCAGGAAUGUUAUGAAACUUCAGACCUAGCCUGGGACGACAACGAGGAGGACGAAGAGGAGGACGAAGAGGAAGAUGAAGAAGAGGAUGAAGAAGAGGAUGAAGAAGUAGAUAUAUCGCUAGAAGAGGUCCCUAUCAAACAGGUCAAGAGGGCGGCUCCCCAGAAGCAGGCAAGCUUGGCUAAGAGAAAAAAGGUGGAAAAAGACGAGGAGGAGACAGUGGUGAGGCCCAGCCCUCAGGACAAGAGCCCCUGGAAGAAGGGGAGAUCUACACCCAAAAUGAGGAGGUCUGCAUCCAAGAAAUGAGGAACUCACCUUGGCAUCCCCUGUAUCCAAGGGACGAUGUCUACCAGCUGUGCUGGGUUGCCGGGGUGUGGACUCAGAUAGACCUGAGUCUAAACAUAAUAAGGUGUUGUGGGAGCCGUUCAGGAGCCCAACAACCCAGCCCUCACAUUUCAGGAGGCUCUUGGAGAAUGCCUGAUAAGCCGGUGUGGGGCCACAAUAAAAUUUGCAUGAUCAAAA